AUGAAUGCAUGGGCCAUGUUAGAAAAAGUUCACCCUCCAAGUCCAGACCGGUGCGAGGAGUUUUAUGCAUCGGUUUUGAAUACCUCCAUGAAGUCUUAUGAUGACGAGAUUGCAGGUUACAAGGCAGAGCUCCUUGCUGAACUGAAAGGAAAAGCUGAGCAAGUGUUGGAAAUUGGUAUUGGGACUGGUCCUAAUCUGAGAUACUACGCUGCUGAUAGUGGUGUUCGGCAGGGGUUGGGGAGGCUAUUCCCAUUAGACGAUGCUUCAGUUGAUGCAGUUGUUGGAACUCUUGUGUUGUGUUCUGUUAAAGAUGUCGAUAACACUCUGAAAGGUAAUUUAGCUUACGAGGGGCACAAUUUCCUUUUCGUACGCUUGCAGCACGAGCUGUAUGGUGCUGCUGCAGAUGGUACAAUCCUUAGAUUCAUACACAAUGUUCUUGAUCCUCUGCAACAAACCCUAGCUGAUGGGUGUCGUCUCACCUGGGAAACGAGAAGCAAACACAAUUGCGACCACCUUGUCCAAAUCCGGGUUCUCGGAAAUUAA